AUGGCCAGCGAGCAGGCGCCAGAACUUGAAAGCGCCUCCGUUGGGGCGGGCUCUACACCCCCCGUUCUCGGGACAAAUCCAUCCAGAGGCAUAGUUCAAGAUACUGGAAUGACAGUCCUAUGGCAGCCCACGGACAGCACUAUCGCUGAUCUUGUUUUCGUCCAUGGCUUGGGAGGCCACCCUCGAAAGACAUGGCAGCAACCCAUCGGUGGAACUGCCGCCGAAGCUGAAGGGAACUCGAAGCCUUCAAAGUCACUCUGGCACUCGCUUCAGCGACGGAGGGGUAAAGAAGAGCACUGCUUUUGGCCUCAGGAUCUCGUUCCGAAGGAUUUUCCCAACGUGCGCGUUAUGACCUAUGGCUACAAAUCCAGCCUGCAUACUAAGGGUUUCCUGGGCGCUCUUACAGACUAUAGAGACGCAUGUAGAAAUCGACCUCUCAUAUUCGUCGCUCACAGUCUAGGAGGCAUACUGGUCAAAGACGCAAUUGUUGAGUCGAAUAAGUAUAGGCAAUCGCAGCAUCCGGAGAUGCGGGAUGUGUCUAAUUCAGUCUCGGCCAUCGUGUUCUUUGGCACUCCGCAUCAGGGAUCAGCUGCGGCAAGAUACGGUGAUAUAAUCGCGACAGUGUGUAGUGGUAUCCCCGGUCUACCCUCCACAGAGCGACGAGUCCUUCAAGGCCUACGGUUUGAUUCAGACAAGCUGAGCGGCGUGCUGGAGGAUUUCAACGAUUUUCUGAACGAUGAUACGGCCGCAUCCAAUCAAUUACGCAUGCUGAGCUUUCAGGAAGGAACAGGAAUGUCAGGAGUAACAGGCUUCGAUGGCAAAGUGGUCCCGGACUUCUCUUCAGCCUUCUACAGGAAGGACAUCGAAAGGAUAGCGCCUCUGACGCGGGACCACCGAGAAAUGUGCAAGUUCAAAGACACACAAGAUCCAGGCUACGUCACUUUCCGUGCCAGCUUGGGGCGAUAUCUGGAUAGGAUCACGAGCACCACGAAUCUGCGAAAUGCCAUUGCCGUAGAGGAGGAAGAUCGGCGGCAGAGGAUUCUGGAGGCUGCAGCUCAGCAGCAGCAAGAAGGCGAUAUCAGAGCGCUAGUCGAGAAGCUUGACUUUGCAGAUCGACUAACCCGGGAACACCAAAUUGCCAAAGAUCUGGCAGAGAAAGCUACAUUCGAAUGGGUCUGGAGUUCUGAGCUUGCCUCUUGGCUCAAGAGUCAAGAACAACUGUUCUGGAUCAAUGGUAGUCCGGCGAGCGGCAAGUCAACUCUUCUGCAUCACGUAGUACAUGCUCCAGAGACCCGUAAAAUAUUGAAGCAGGUACACGGCCCAGAACUCACCUGUAUCUACUACUUCUUUGAUUUUCGCGCCGGCAAAGAACUUCGAAACAGUCUGGAAGGGCUUAUGCAGGCACUCCUGGUACAGCUGGUCAAAUCGUUAACACAAGACGAAACAAACAAGUCACAGCUUCUGGAAACUCUGGAACGCCUUGCUGAUUCCGAGUCACCGCGAAUCGACGCCGUGAAGCUACGGAGCACGUUUCGCGAAGUCUUACAACAGGCGAGAGGAUGCGUGUUCAUCGCCAUAGACGGCCUCGACGAGUACGAAGGAGAUCGAUUUGACCUUGUGCGGUUCAUAAAAGGACAUGUUUUAGCGCCCGUGGACGACGCGACCACGCCCCAAAUCGUCAAGGUCUGCCUAGCGAGCCGCCCGGAGCAAUCCUUCUUGGACGCAUUUGCAGAUCGCCCAUUCCUGGCCAUGCAAAAUGUGAACGCCGACGCGAUAAAGACAUACGCGCGAAUGGUAUUCGAAGACACCGGACUCCGACGGUACUGGGAAUCGUCUGAUAUGCUCUCCAAGGUGGCAGAAAAGAUUGUCGAGCAGUCCAAUGGCGUCUUUCUCUGGGCGCGGUUCGCCGCGUGCGAGAUUGCCGAGCAAUUGCAAUCAGGCAAGCUUGACCCUAUCCUCAAGAAUCUUGUCAACGCUAUUGAAGGCAUGCCUUCCGAUCUCAACAGGGUGUAUACUAGGAUUGUUCGCCAAGCAUGUUCCACCGACCGAGCCUUUGCUCGCGUCAUGUUAACUUAUGUCACGUCCGCGCAGAACAGCGUAUUUCUCGAGAUGCUGCGGGGCUUAUUCGCGCUACAUGCUAAUGACCCACCGCCCUGGUUCGAGGGACUCGAUGUGACAUGCCUACAGAACAUCAGCCUGGGAACCCUGCAACGGAGGUUGCUGGCAUCAACAGGCGGCCUCCUUGAGCUGUACGAAGACCGUGACCCCAGAGUGGGUGGCAGAGUCGCGGUCCUGCACAGAACGGUCAAGAUUUUCCUGGACAACCAGGGCUGGGCUGAGCUAGCGCCAUCGCUGCACUCGACGAAGUCCAUACAGCUUGCGUGGCUGACGUCAUGUUGCUCGUUGAUUGCGCACUACCAGCCUUAUCUGUUCUUCCUUGAACUAGGACCUCAGCGUGGGCGAUGGUGGAACCCUGCCAAGCUCAAAUACCCCAGCCUUCCAUCUACUAUCAAGAGAGACACUCGGUCGGCGCCCCAAAAGCUGAGUAUUGGCGCGUAUUUGCUACUCGCCUAUGCUGGCUAUAUGGUAGACUGUAUCCAACGCGCAGCUGGCUCAUUCAAUGAAGGACCGCCAGGACCAGCCAUAGCCUCGACCCGCAACGAAGCCUCAGUGUUGCUGCGGAGAGUGAAUGAGUCCCCGGCAAAUGACGCACUGGAACUUAUCCGGUCCCAAGUAGUCGCGUUCGCGAUCGAGCACAGGACCUUCAAAGCGUUGGCGAUGUUGAGGACAGUAUUACAAUAUUGUCCAGUUAUCCGUGAUGAGGAGCUCGGUGCUGCGCUGAGAAGAGCAGAUGCCAAAACGGUUCGCGCCAUGAUGGAAUGCAAUCAUUCGGACAGCCUCGUGUGCAAGAUUGACACGCGCGACAUGAGUCUGUGGGAGCAGAGGGCUGUUAUCUUCAUCUUUCGUCGAGGCCUUCUUGCAGAGGUCUUCCAUGGGAACGUACCCUCGACCUUGACCGUCGGGCCACUGUGGAUGAUCGGAAGACGCCCUGGGCACACUACUGCAUCCAGACAGCAAAUAGCGGACCUGAUCGAUAUCUUCACCGGUCCUGUGUACCGGUCAAUCAAUGCUCAGUGCGGUCCUUUCGGAACCAUUCUUCACAGCUACGUCGACUGCUGUACCGGCCGAGGGGAUUCUUAUGACCACGACUUCAAUGUGCAGACCCUUCAGACGUUAGUCGCCAAGGGCGUGGACGUGAAUGCCACAGGACCACUAGGCACGCCCCUUGAAUUCUUGGAUCGUAUCGCGCAUUCUGGCUAUUAUCACCCCGGCGACAACAGUUACCAGCGCUACCUUGACUUACGAAAAGCCUUGCUGGAUCUUAGAGCAAUCGAUUCGGGGGGGCUAUGGGAACCCUCUGCAGAAGACCGGGAGCGUUGGAAAAAGCAGCACCUCCGCACGCGGAGCGAAGAUGCAUCAAGUGACAGCACAUGA